UCACAUGGCGGUGGCGCGGCAGCGCGCGAUGCAGCACAGGCUCGAGGCUGCGCAAGCGCGGGGCCCGCCCCUGGGACCCUCCGGGCCGGGCGGUUUGGUGCCUUAGCGCCCGGGCGUCGGGGCGGCAAAAGGCCGGCAGAAGGGAGGCACUUGAGGACCCAAGUUUCUUCACCAUGGGGAUGUGGUCCAUUGGUGCAGGAGCCCUGGGGGCUGCUGCCUUGGCAUUGCUGCUUGCCAACACAGACGUGUUUCUGUCCAAGCCCCAGAAAGCGGCCCUGGAGUACCUGGAGGAUAUAGACCUGAAAACACUGGAGAAGGAACCGAGGACUUUGAAAGCAAAGGAGCUAUGGGAAAAAAAUGGAGCUGUGAUUAUGGCCGUGCGGAGGCCAGGCUGUUUCCUCUGUCGAGAGGAAGCUGCAGAUCUGUCCUCCCUGAAAAGCAUGUUGGACCAGCUGGGCGUCCCCCUCUAUGCAGUGGUAAAAGAGCACAUCAGGACCGAAGUGAAGGAUUUCCAGCCUUAUUUCAAAGGAGAAAUCUUCCUGGAUGAAAAGAAAAAGUUCUAUGGUCCACAAAGGCGGAAGAUGAUGUUUAUGGGAUUUAUCCGUCUGGGAGUAUGGUACAACUUCUUCCGAGCCUGGAAUGGAGGCUUCUCUGGAAACCUGGAAGGAGAAGGCUUCAUCCUUGGGGGAGUUUUCGUGGUGGGAUCAGGAAAGCAGGGCAUUCUUCUCGAGCACCGAGAGAAAGAAUUUGGAGACAAAGUAAACCUACUUUCUGUUCUGGAAGCUGCUAAGAUGAUCAAACCACAGACUUUGGCCUCAGAGAAAAAAUGAUUGUGUGAAACUGCCCAGCUCAGGGAUAACCAGGGGCAUUCUACCUGUGUUCAUGGGAUGUAUUGUUUCCACUUGUGUCCCUAAGGAGUGAGAAACCCAUUUAUACUCUACUCUCAGUAUGGAUUAUUAAUGUAUUUUAAUAUUCUGUUUAGGCCCAGUAAGGCAAAAUAGCCCCAAAACAAGACUGACAAAAAUCUGAAAAAUUAAUGAGGAUUAUUAAGCUGAAACCUGGGAAAUAGGAGGCUUAAAAUUGACUGCCGGGUCAGGUGAGGAGGCUCACACCUGUAAUCCCAGCACUUUGGGAGGCCAGGGUGAGCAAGUCACUUGAGGUUGGGAGUUCGAGACCAGCCUGAACAACAUGGGGAAACCCUUUCUCUACUAAAAAUACAAAAAUCAGCUGGGUGUGGUGGCACACACCUGUAGUCCCAGCUACUCGGGAGGCUGAGGCAGGAGAAUCACUUGAACCUGGGAGGUGGAGGUUGCAGUGAGCCGAGAUCAUGCCACUGCCCUCUAGCCUGGGUGACUGAGACUCCAUCUAAAAAAAAAAAAAAAAAAAAAAGAUUGCUGUGCCUCAUUACAAAUGCAUAUGGUGUUUGAGUGCUGUUGUUUGAAAUUAUUUUUCUUUUCGGGUCUUCAAAAAUCCGAGAAAAGUUGAUGAUUGACUUGAAGAUUACAGAAUUUAAGGUUUUUUGGCAUGUGUGUUUUCUAUUAAUAAUUGGUUAUGUGAUGUCAAAGUAAUACUUUCAUAAUAGAAUUGACAUGCUCUGGGAUAGUUUGACAAAGGUAAAUUAUAAAGUGAAAUCUCUCAUUUCAUUAUCUUCCAUUCUAACCUUAGAGAUCUGUUUCUCUAGAAAAAAUGACCACCUCUGGCUUUAAUAAAAUUAUGCAUCAGAAAUCA